AUGAGUCUAAUUUUAAAGAAUAGUGUGGUCUUUCCUAUCUUUAAACAUCAAGAGACCCUGACCUUCCAUCGAAGAGAGUAACCAACCAGAACAACCAAGCGAUUCCACACUGUCGCCCCAAUAAGACGCUUGGUUUCCUAAUCGUCCAGACCCAUAAAUAUGACUCAUCAAGGAGAAUCAAUUUUUGAGAGGAGUCCCAAGGAAAAACAAAAAACCUCCACUACUCCAAGACCAAUGCUUUAAAAAGAUCAUAGUUUAUAAGGCUACUUAGAUCAUUUGAAUUCUGUGAGAUCAUUUAGGUCUCCAUUGGUCGGUGAUGCAACAAUCAAAAAAAUAAAAGAGGAAGUCGAGCUCUUCUAAACUGAAAGUCAGACUACCGUACAAAGAUUCAAAACUUUAAAAGAACAAGGAGACAAACGUAAGAAGAUAAGUUUGUUGGAAACAGUUCGUAAUCCCUUGGCCUAAUAAUAUAAAAAGUUCACAGAAUAACUGUAUAAUUUAAUUCAUAAUCUCCAUUUAUUGAAAGUAUGAGUUCACUCUAAAAAUAGGAUUAUUUGAACAAUUCAAGAAAACUGUUUCAGGUAGUCAAAAAUUAGAUCGGAAUAAGAAAAAAUCUUUACAGAAUCCUAAUAAAUCCUCAGACAGAGGAAUUGUAUGAAUUCUCAGAGAUUUCUCGUCUUUGUUGUAUUAGAGAUGUUUAAUUUAUUAAUGGGGAAUAGCGAGUAAUUGAGAAAUUCGAUUUAACCUUAAUGGACGAUUUAAUUUAUAUGACUGAUUCCAUAAAACAAUUGCUACAGCAAAACUAGUUAAAGGCCAUAGAAAGAAUGCGUGAUAAUGUACUCCAAUUGAUUUUUACAAUAGAUUAAAGUAGAGAAGAGUGAGAUCAACAAACUCAGGGGUUAACUAGGAAUGAGGGAGGAAAAUCAUCAAUUGUCCAUUGGAUCUGCAGCCAUGUAGAGAUUCAAACCUCAUUUAGAAUUGGAGAACAUUGAAGCUAGAUUAGGGUUGUUAAAUUAGAUUCCCAAAUAGGCUAGAUGGACAUCCUAAUUGCUUUGUGAUAUUGUAGAUAGGUUAAAUGAAUGA